UACAACAGGAGGACGGUGGUGGUGUGGCUGCUGGGUAAAAGGGCUGCCGAGCCGGAGACAAGAGUUUGAGACAGUGUUUUAACAUCUGUAGACGUGAAAUCUGUCACCCCACAUAUAGAAACACAAUGUUGUAACAUAAAAACAGAAAGUUCCAACACAGCAAACGUAAAUGUCUGCAGAUUAUCCUGAGCGACUGAGACACUGCUUCCAGAAGAGAUGCUGCACUUUCAGUUCAACAGCUGCCGUUUCUUUGACGGCGCUGAGCAACAAAACCCAAAAUGAAUCGUUGAAUGUGUUGGUUGUAGUGUACGCCACCAUGAGGAACCUCAGUAAGGGCGAGGCGCUGGUCGAGGCAGCGGGUCGGGCUCUGGGCAGGACCCUGGAGAUCAAGCAGCUGGAUGUAUGUGAUGAGGACUCCAUCAAAGCCUGUGUGGACAGCCUGCCUGAGCGCAGGGUGGACAUUCUCAUAAGUAAUGCUGGGAUGGGUCUGAUUGGACCCAUCGAGUGUCAGUCCAUUGACGAGAUGAAGACUGUGAUGGACACCAACUUCUUCGGGCUUGUGCGGUUGCUGAAGGAAAUCCUUCCUGACAUGAAGAGGAGGAAAAGGGGCCAUAUUGUGGUUAUCAGCAGCGUCAUGGGCAUCCAGGGAAUUUUAUUCAAUGACAUCUACGCAGCAUCCAAGUUUGCAGUGGAAGGCUUUUGUGAAAGUUUGGCGGUACAAGCCCUGAGGUUUAAUCUCAAUAUCAGUCUGAUAGAGCCCGGGCCAGUGAUAACAGAGUUCGAGCGUAAAGUCUACGAGGAGGGCUUGAAGACUGAUCUCAGCAAAGCUGACAAAGUGACUGCGGACAUGUUCACCAACAUCUACCUGAAGAACUACAAUCAGAUCUUUGAAACACUGGGACAGACACCUGAGGACAUAGCAGAGCACACUCUCAAGAUCAUCACCAUGGACGACCCCCCUUUCCGCCAUCAGACAAACACGCUUUACACCCCCAUGACCACGCUCAAAUACGCCGACCCCAACGGCGACCUCCCGAUUGACACCUUUUACAAAAUGGUGUUCGAGCACGACAAGGUCUUCAACGCCAGUCUGAACUUCCUCAAACUGCUGCGCUGGAGAAGUCGGAAGAGCUUCACCUUGGAAAAGGACAAAGCCAGCUCAUAAGAGUCCACACUCAUCUUUUUGGAGGGAUAUAUUCAUCCAUGUAUAGAUUUCUUGUAGCUGUAGCAUUUUUAGCUGUCGGGCUCCUUUGUGAUGACACAGUGGUUACUGUGAACAAAUAAAAAAAUAAAAACUAGAUAACUGUGACAAUGCAGUCUGUUUUUAUGUGAGCUCCUCCCGCUGGUUUUAAACCACAGACCACCCUGACACAUUCAGCUGACUACCAUAACUCUCUUAAUUCGUUAAGCCUCCAAGCUCCAUAUUACACAAUAUGUAUAAGUAGCGUGGUAAGCAAAACUAUGAAGGGCAGCAACUAAACCAGUGCAUCAAAGGAAGCAUUCAGAUGAUCCAGGUCGUUGAGGGGUUGAUUUGUGUUUUUCUCACUGCAUUCUUUAAAACAUUUUUUUUAAAAGAGACCAAUAAAGAUAUGCCUGAUUUUGCAAAACCAGUUAUGACACCAGCCUGGGAUAUUAUGUUUGAGGGACUGGAUUAUGUGGGCUGUUCACACCGGGCCUAAUCUGGGAUUCAGCUGUUUGCUCUGAGCCUCACACCGCGCGGACUCCCUGAGGACCCUGUUCACAAAAAAAAACAAAAACAUUAGAACAUUAAAACAGA